AUGAAGACUGCCAAGUUGGAGCCUUUACAGUGGCCCGGGGCAUCAACCGCAACAUUCCGAUACUGUUUUCAGACAACACAUGCCACUGUUCUCCGGUUCUACCCAAACGAUGCCAAGCAACUCUGGAAGCUCUGCAAAUCCUAUUUUGAGACAGAGGAAGACUCCGACAAUGAAGUCCUCGAAAAGGCCAAGUCGCCUCCUCCAGAUAACAGGCGAUCUGCCGCUGAAGAAGAAGUGUCCCCUUACAAGCGGGCCAAAGCGAAACAAGCUACACUAAAACAGCACCAUAGAAGCGGAGAGAUGCAUAUAUAUAUAUAG